AUGAUGGGGAGAGAUCUGCGGAAAAAGAGUGGAUGUGGGACCGUUUCUCAAAACCAGACCUCUAGUUGGCUGCCAGCUUCCAAAACACGUUGUCGUGGAAAAUGUGAACGGUGGCACGUAUUAGUUGCGUUUCUCGAGUUGCUGCUGCCAAUGGAUCCACCGCUUGUAGAAUUUGGUUAUCGGGCAGCAGCUUCCACCGAACUAUCUCCCUCGAAUUCGUCGGGCAGAUGUCCUAUGUGUGGCAAGGAUUCGAAGGAAGAGCACAUCUUGUCGAUGCGACCGAAUGACGUGUUAACGGUAGCGUAG